UUAACCUCAAUCUUACUACUCAAAACUUUUUUAAUUCGCCAUAAGUUAAUUCUGAUUUAUUCUUCAUUUAUAAAGUGCAUAAUGUUUGCGAACAAGUUGCUUACCCCUUUCCAGCCAAUGUUAGUGCUAAGUAGAGGGGCUGGAGUAAAGAAAUUUAAUUGGUAUAAUGAAGGAAUUCAGUACCCUGGUUUCAAAUACUACCCCAGACAUGACGACUUCAAAGACCCCCCCUACGAGCCCACCAAACUGUUUCGAGUAAAACGUAUCGUGAGAAUGAAAGGGCUGAUCCAUUAUCAGAAAACCAUACUUACAGACUUUAAACUAGACGGAAAAGACUAUGCAAUAAUAAAAAACAUCCCAGAAAACAACCAACGUUUGUGGAAAGUAAAGCAUGCAGUGGAAAUAGUGCCGGUAACAUUUCCCGAUGGGUUUCCCACAGAAACAGACCGAACGUUCUUGAAGGAAAAUGGAGAGCUUCGGAUUAUAAAGCAAGUUGGACCUGUUGAAAAGAAAUUGGAGCUAACGGAAGAGUUUAGAAAGCAUCCAAAACGAAUGGAUGGUGAUACACUGAGAAGAAAUUUGAGGAAAAAGUGGAACUUAGGAUUCGAGUCGCAUUUGUAAAUGGCAUGUAUUGUAGAGGUCAUUUUCACACUUUAUCGGCUAGAUGGAUGGACAUUUCCAGCUAGCUGUUCGCAAAGAAAAUAAUUCAAACAGAUACCAGUAUAAAUAAAUUUAUUUACAAAUCA